AAAGCGGAAAAGCCAUGAUGUUUCCACUCCAUUUUCAUUACGAAGAUGUAUUACGUCAGGAUCUGUUGCUCAAACUGAAUCACGCCAAUGUUAUGGAAGUUCCUGGAUUGUUUGAAAUAAGAUUAGUACCAAAAGCUGCCUCUGAUUUCAGAAUCCAAUUUGGAAAAUUGGCUAUGGAGAUUUUGUGCGGUCAGAGAUUCAUACAGACACAAAGGGGCCCCUAUUUUCAAGCAGGAAAGUCGUUUCGAUCCAAUCCAUUCUUGGGGUCCGAAAAAGACACUGGAUAUGUCAGUGACUUUGCACGACAAAGCGUUCUCCGAGGGCAUGGAAUGUACCAUUUUUUGGUCAGAAUCUUUACAGUAAUGUCUAUGUUGGAUUCUCCGGUCGAAAUACGGGAAAACUCCAUCAAAUUCUUUAUGGAAACGGAGUUUUGCGAAUUCUCCCCGGAACUGGAAGAUCAUUUCGAGAUCUUCGAGCAUAUUCGAGGGUUCAAUGUGACUAUUGUCACUUCGGCCAAUACAAAAGAUGAGACUUUACUACUGUGGAGCGGCUUUUUGCUAAAAGAUGAGGGGGAAACUAAGUAAGAUGCCGGAGAAGCGACGAAAUAUACGAGAUCACAAACGUAGAUUGCUCGCGGCUAAAUAUGAAUUGAGACGAAAGCUUUCGAAUUUUGUAA